AUGGAUUUCUUUUAUAGAAUUAUAAUUAUAUGUUAUAAACAAACAAUUACUAAGACUAAUCUUUGGAAUCAAGAACAAGAUUUGAAAGCAGAAAAGAAUAUCACAGAACUACAGUCACUAUGGAAAUCUGAAGAAUUGAGCUUUGCACGCAGGAAUUUUCAACAUAAUGUAUCAUAUCUCAAAGAGUACAAAAGUACAAAACAACCGACUAACGAAGAGACUUCCUUACUACAUCAUGACAAUAUAUUAAACGAUGAUGAACAUUUAAAGAAAGUCCCAUCACUUACUAGUUGUCUAAUCAAGUUGUAUGGGUUCGAAUGGUUACGGAUAUCUUUAUUGUAUCUAGUAGGUAGUGGAGCUACACUUCUCAAUCCUAUCAUUCUCAGGGAAAUUAUACAGGAAGUUCAAAACGUUGAUGAAAGAAGAACUUGGUAUAGUGUUCUACUUGCUGUACUGUUUUAUGUUGUAUCUCAAAUGAAUUGUUUUUGUUUUCAACAUUCUGAACAAAUGAUGUUGCGCUUGGCGCUGAAAUGCUUAAAGUCAAAUAACAGUUCCAAAAAAGACUUUACAGCUGGUGAAAUUCUAAGCCUGGUGUCAGUUGAUUGCCAGCGAAUUCAAGAUUCAUUUGCGUUUUCCCAAUCUUUAUUGUCAAUAUGGCUCAUAGUGGCAAUAGGCAUUUAUGAAUUAUGGGAACCACUAGGGAUAUCAUUAUUUGGAUGUGUGGUUGCAGUUAUUACUGCAGCAGUGGCAAAUGUUUUAUUUGGAAAAAUCCGACAGAAUUACUUCAAAGAUAUCUUGAAUCUAAAAGGCAGAAGAGUUAAACUAUUUGACGAGAUAGUGAAGGGGAUAAAGAUAAUCAAAAUGUAUGCUUGGGAAGUAUUUUAUACUGAGAAAGUCUCAUCUAUUAGGACAAAAGAAAUAGAAAUUAUCAUCAAGCUGAUUAAAAUUGCAGCCGGUGAAGGUGUUAAUAAUAACCUCAGCCAGUUCUUGAUGAACUUUUUCAUGGUGUUAAUAUACAGUUUUAUUGCAACUCAUCCUUACGAUGCUGAGCGAGCGUUUCUAGCUCUUUCAGUUGUCAAUGUAGUUAGGGGUCAAUUGACACUGAUGCCAUUUGUUAUUGGUGGCGUGGUUCAGACAGUUGUUUCCCUUGGCAGAAUACAAUCUUUCUUGUUAUCUGAAGAAGUAGACGCUAGUAAUGUUCAGCAUGAGUUAGAACUAGAUUGUGCUGUUUACAUGAAAAAUGGUUUCUUCAAAUGGGACAAAAGAAGCGAACAUAAUACUUUGAAAGGGAUAAAUGCUCAAUUUGAAGAAAAGGAAUUAAUAGCUGUUGUCGGAUUGGUUGGAUCUGGAAAAUCUUCCCUUAUAUCAAGUAUACUAGGAGAAAUGGAAAAUACAAAAGGAAAAGUACAAGUUAAGGGAUCUAUGACCUAUAUAACACAGGAAGCAUGGAUACAAAACAUGACAAUAAAAGAAAAUAUUUUGUUUGGGAAACAAUAUGAUGAGAAAAAGUAUAACAGGAUAAUAGAUUGUUGCUGCUUAGAACCAGACCUCAAAAGUCUACCAGCAGGUGACUUGACAGAAAUAGGAGAAAGGGGUAUAAAUUUAAGUGGUGGACAAAAACAAAGAGUGAAUGUUGCUAGAGCAGUGUAUGCAGAUGCCGAUAUAUAUUUGUUGGAUGACCCUUUGAGUGCUGUAGACGCGCAUGUCGGUAAAGAUUUGUUCCACAAUGUAAUAGGACCAAAUGGGCUUUUGAAGAAUAAGACUAGAAUAUUAGUAACACAUGCAGUUCACUUGCUACCUCACGUAGAUAGAAUUGUAGUCAUGGAUAAUGGCCAAAUAUCUGAGGAAGGAACAUUUGAUGAACUUGUUGCUCAUAAUGGACCAUUUGCUCAAUUCCUUAAACAACACCUGCUCAGUGAAGAGCUGUACGAUGAUGACGACGAACAAAUCAUUCAGAUGAACAAUGAAUUGUUUGACAGACUGGAAAGUACAUCUGAUGUGAUAACAUCUGACGAGGAGGAAAGACAGAUUAGAGAAAUAAUACAGCGAAGAUCUAGCAUGAGACGUUCCUCACGACUCAAUAGUUUGACAUUGGAAAGGAGCAAGUCCCUUUCAUCAAGCUUACACCAGACAACUCAACUAUUAGGAGAUCAGGGAAAAUUGAUUCAGGACGAAGAAUCCCAAGUCGGAUCGGUAAAAACAAGUGUGUUCAUUACAUUUAUCAAAGCUAUGGGCAUAUCAACGAUAGGGGCUGCGUUUUCCAUGCUCUUCAUAUCAAGCGGUUUACAAGUAUAUUCCAAUUUUUGGAUUACAUACUGGACAAGGGAUUCGUAUUUAAAGAACGAAACAUUAAUGCAGACAGAUGAAUACCAUAAUAAACAGCUUUAUUAUCUAGGAAUGUACGGCUGCUUUGGAGGUUUGCAAGGUUUGACUUGGUUCCUUUAUGGAAUUUUUCUCUUUACCGGAUUUGCAAAUGCCUCAUCUAAAUUACACCAAAAAAUGUUACGCUGCAUAAUGCACUGUCCAAUGUCAUUUUUCGACACGACACCUGUCGGUAGAAUUAUAAAUAGAUUUUCUAGCGAUAUUGAUGUUAUCGACGAAAGAUUUCGGCGGUAUUCAGACUUCUUUAUUGGAAAGCUGACAUCAUUAUUGUCUAUUGUAAUUGUGAUCGUCAUCCAAACACCGCUCACUUUAAUCGCCGUUGUUCCUGUGUCUGUGUUGUUCAUCGUUCUCAUCCGAUUUUAUCUUCCAACGGCCCGCCAAUUGAAGAGGAUAGAGGCAGUGACUAGGUCACCUAUAUUUAAUUUUUUCAGUGAAACUAUUAAUGGAGCUAGUGUUAUCCGCGCCUACAAAUCUCAGAACAGAUUUGUUGAUGAAAUUUAUAAAAGACUUGAUAUCAACUCUGGAUUUAAUUUUGCUGCUACUACUGCAAUGGGAUGGAUAGGCGUUCGAAUACAGAGUUUUGGAAACCUAGUUGUUUUCGCUGCUGCUUUAUUUGCGGUCUUGUCUGAAAACCUAAGUGGUGCUGAUGUAGGAUUAUCUCUUUCAUAUGCAAUGCAGAUAAUGAUGACAAUGAAUGCAGUUAUGCAGGUUCUAAGUUUUCUUCAAAUGGAUUUGAUCUCAAUAGAGAGAAUAGAGGAAUUUACCCAUCUUGACCCAGAGGCAGAAUGGAUAAAUGCUAAAAGACCUCCAGAAUAUUGGCCUGAUACAGGACGUUUACAGUUUGUCGAUUACAGUACACGAUAUAGAUCUGGACUUGACCUCGUUUUAAAAGGAAUUUUCUUUGACAUCAAUGGCGGAGAAAAGAUUGGAAUUGUUGGUCGAACAGGUGCAGGGAAAUCGUCCUUAACUUUGUCGAUUUUUCGCCUUAUUGAGAAAUCAAGUGGACACAUUGUGAUUGAUGGGAUAAAAAUAGACGAUAUUGGCCUACAUGAUCUAAGGUCACAAAUUUCCAUUUUACCCCAGGAUCCUGUGAUAUUUUCAGAAUCACUUCGUGAAAAUUUAGAUCCAAAGAGCGAAUUUAGCGAUGAACAGAUAUGGAAAGCUCUAGAAUGUGCACAUCUAAAAGACUAUAUUGCAAAUCAAGAUCAAUGUCUGGAAAUCGAACUCGGUGAAAGUGGUGGAAAUCUUAGUGUAGGUCAAAGGCAGCUUCUAUGCUUGGCUAGAACACUUCUGCAUAAACGUAAGAUACUGAUCCUUGAUGAAGCUACAGCGGCGGUGGAUAUGGAAACUGAUGAGUUGAUUCAACAAACGAUCAGAACUCAGUUUGCUGACUGUACAGUACUGUCCAUUGCACACCGAAUAAACACAAUAAUGGACUAUGAUAGAAUAUUGGUAAUGGACCAAGGCUGUAUAGCACAGUUUGAUACACCAAGUGCAUUACUAAAAGACAAGCGUGGUGUAUUUUUUUCACUAGCAAAAGAAGCAGAACUUGUAAAUAGUAGCACAUGAUUUGUGUUGAUUAAAAUAGUAUGC